GAAGCCAAUGGAAGGCUCUUGUACGUUUGAUGAUUCUACCUUCAUAAGUGAAGAAACCCUAGUCUUACCCACAAUUUCUGUUGUUCUAUCGCUUCGGGAUUGGGAUUGGAAUUUACAAGAUUUAGUUGCAAUUGCGGGAUGGAAUGAACUGGGUAACAAGGCUUAUUAGGCCUUUUCCUGUCGAUUUGUGAACAUAGGUUUUCAUUCUCGCUUUUUGGAUUGUUUGAUAACCGCUUCAUCUGAUUCUUUUUUUAAGAAAAAGAUGAAAACAAUAUAGCUGGGAUUGAGCUGCAAGAUUUCCUGAAGAUGUUAUUCAACCAUGAAAUUGAGGGCUUACAUGAUGAUGGCUUCGAAGGGUCAAAUGAUGAACGCCAUAUUUUCAUGGAUGUUUUUUCUGGAAAUGAGAAUGGUUACACCAGUAAGAGGUGUCUUGUUACUGGAGCUAUCCUUUUUGAAGGAGAGGGUAGUGUGCACAGAAAUAUGCUGUUGAAUUCAAUUACUGAGAACUUACACCUGACAAGUCCGUCCUCAACCAAAAAUUUGUGUGUAGAGGACUCCUGCACUGCAAAUGAGAAUGGCAGCCCUAACAGAGUUGGCAGAAGAAUUGCUGAAUCAGGGUGUCUUCAGUAUACCUCAGCUUCUUCAGUUGGAUUAAGUUCCCAUGAAAUCACAACUGAACAUUCUCCUGAUGUGGGGAACGAGACUCAGAUGGGAACAUGGAAUGAAGAUGCUUCUUGUAUUUUCUCUCCAGACUCAUACUAUGUUGGUCGAACAAUGGCAUGCUACUUGGUUGAAUCUUCAGGUCAGGGUAUUACAUCAAGUUGUUAUCUUCUGAAGCGACAAGAUGUGGACCACGGAGGUGACAUUAAUGAACCUGGUGCUUCCAAGUGUGAAGUAUCUACUUUUGGAAAUGAUGGAAAGGAAGUUCUUGAAAGUAUGGCUACUUCACCUAUUUCUCAGGAGCACUUUAGAACAAAGCUUUAUAUUGCAGAUUCAUCCAUCUCUGCCAGAGAAAAUUUCCUUAAAUCUGUUAUUUUAAAACCUGACGUAGAUAUUAUUCCAUUGAAGAUUGAUUCUCUGAAGGAUCUUGAUUCUGUGAAAGAUCUCCGUCCACGUCUUCGUAAUCAUGUCAAUCAUUUGCUUGAGGCUGCAGGUUGGGUUCUUUCAACGCGGCUAAGGACAGACAGGAAUACUUUGGCUCCAGUUUAUAUAUCACCCGAGGGCGAGGUUCUUCGUGCAUUCCAGAAAGCUUGGUGGUCAUGUGGUGAGAGGUUGUUUGCUGAUAGAUACAGUCUGAUGCAGGAAAAUUAUGAGAAGCAGUGGUUUGGUAUCAGUGAAUUCUGGUCGGACUUAUUGGAUAUAUUUGUGAAAAUUGAAAAAGAGACGCAUCAAACAGAAACUUCUGCCUCACUGGCUCGUCUGUGGAAUAUUUUAGAUCCCUUUGUUACUGUAGUGUAUAUUGACAAAAAGAUCGGUGCACUCAGAGAGGGAAAACUUAUUAAAGCAACUAAAAGUGCAUUAUUUAUAAAACCAAACAAUGUGGAUAAGGUUAGGAACCAGGUUGUUCAGGGUCGGGCAUUAAUCCAGGUGGAUAAUCAACUUCAUGGUUCUUCUCUGGUCACUGAAGGUGCUGAGAUUAUUACCUGGAGAAAGGAGGUCAAUUUCAAUGAGCAGAGUAGCAACGGAGAUUUCGCAGCUCUUGGUGAACAGAGUCAGGUAGGGGUUGUGAAAGCCUUCAAGGGUUCAUCAAUUAAUUUUUCUGAUGGAAAGGGUAUGCUUGUUGGAGCAAAAACUGCAAAUGUGAUUAGAAAUCAGCAUGUGAUAACCUUUGGGCACCAAAUGGACAGCUUGGAUCUGAGCUCUGUACCAGUUUGUGGGUCAGAUAUCACAGGUAUCUGUUCUGAGUGCCAGUUGCAUGAUGUUCCAGUCACUUUCGGGACUUUAGAUACAGUGAUGGAAAAGGCUGGAAAUGUUUUCUCUCAUCAAGAUAGCAACGUCAGUAUCACAAGCUCUGAUGGAAAGAGUUCUGGAAAGAAAGUGGGAAGGAAAAUUGAAGAUGUACAAGAGAAAUUAGAUGAAUUUGGCAUGGAAAAGGAAACAGCAUUGGAUAAGGUAGGUAAGCACCUGCAAGGAUCUCUGCAGGACCGGUUGGGCCAUUCAAUAUCUUCUUGUAACUCAGACAACUCAUCUGUGCAGGUUGAUACUUGUAUGCACUCUACUCCCUUGCCUUCAGAAUUUGUAGAGACUAUGGUUAAGGGGAUCUCUGAUGAUUGUAAUCAGAAAGUUGACAAUGAAAGUUUCUUGGUCCUUGAUCAACCAAGUUCUGAAAUUAAAGAUCUUGAACUCCAUUGUAGUCAAUUGUGUGAUCAGUCUGCGGUUGAACAGCAGAAAUUGUUCCUUAACCCUGAAGGCAAGUAUUGCUGUGGAAUGUUGGUGUACAGUGAGGGAGAUGGGUGUUCUCAGGAGAGCAUGUUUGCAAUUGUUGAUGGAGGAUCAAUGGAUCAUGAGACACUAUCUUCUGUAUGUCAGAGAGGCCGUAGUGGGAGAGGUCCUUGUCUUCAUGUGAAUGAGAAUGAGAAAACUAAUUUGAAUUCCUCACCCUUCCAAGAAAAAUCAUAUUUCUCUCAAAGGGAGGUGCCAUCAGAUGGAUUACAACUGUUGGGACAUCUAAAAGAGGAAAGUUGCAAGGCUGUUGGAGCCUCAAAGCUUGAAAUCGAGCAUGCAUCUGUGGCAGCAACAGAAGUUGGUCCACUAAAGAAGACACAUAGGAAGUCUAAAAGGAUAUCCAAAAUAAAGCGUUCCAAAUUAUACAAAAAUCAAGGGGAAUUAUGUUUGUCCUCUCCUCAGGAGGUUAAGUCACAAAAUGACAGAAUUAGAACUCGUUCACAGUUCAGUAAAAGCCAUAAAUCCCAAAAAGGUAAAGGAAGUACUGAUUGGAGCCGCAAGAAAUCCUUGUGUAUCAGCUCUUCCAAACAUCAAAGUGCAAAAAAAGCAAGAGGUAAGAAGUUGAAGAACCAGUGCAAUGAUUCUCGAAAAUUAGCUGUGGUGUCUCAUGAUAGAAAAGGUCGAAAGAAGCUUCACUUGGAGAAUUAUACUGAUGAAGCCCCUUUGCUGAUGAAUAUUGGGUCUCUUGAUUCCCAGAAUUCCAGUAAAGUUGGAAAGACAAGAAAAUCUAAAUUCAAAGAUGAAAAUGGACGAAAGAGAUUGCGCCGGUCUCAGAUUGAGGACCAUGACCUUUUGAUUGCUGCUAUUAUUAAGCCCAAGAAUUUUAGGUCCAAACAGUCCACUGAUAGGAAGGCCUGUAACUCAAAAUCUGUGAGGAAACUUAAGAGUCAGAGCAGCAGUUGCAAGUUGCUUCCACGAAGCCCAGGGAAAGGUGGGAAGCACAUGGAAGGUAAGUUGUCAGCCAUGGGGAAAAGAACGGUGCUAUCCUGGUUGAUUGAUGCCGGUGUUGUCUCUGUGAAUGAUGUGGUCCAGUACCGGAGACGAAAGGAUGAUGCUGUGGUCAAGGAUGGCUGGAUUACUAGAGAUGGUGUACAUUGUAAGUGCUGCAAUAAGGUGCUUUCUGUGUCUGAAUUCAAAAUUCAUGCUGGUUUCAAGCUAUAUAGGCCAUGCUUGAAUCUUUUCAUGGAGUCUGGUAUGCCAUUCACCUAUUGCCAGCUUCAAGCUUGGUCAGCUGAAUACAAGGCCAGGAAAGGUGGGACACGAGCAACUCAAGUUGAUCAAGUGGAUGAAAAUGAUGAUACAUGUGGACGUUGUGGUGAUGGGGGUGAGUUGAUAUGUUGUGAUAACUGCCCAUCUACUUUUCAUCAGGCCUGCUUGUCUGCACAGGAGCUCCCUGAAGGCAGUUGGUAUUGCCCAUAUUGCACCUGUCGGAUUUGUGGAGAUGUGGUCAAUGACAAAGAGGCUUCAAGUUCCUUCAUUGUACUAAAAUGCUCACAGUGCGAGCGUAAAUAUCAUUACGCAUGCGUAAAAGAAAGUGAUAUGCAUAAAGAAGACACAGUUUCUGGAACCUGGUUUUGUGGGGGAAACUGUCAGGAGGUUUACACAGGUCUUCGUUUUCGUGUUGGCGUCAUAAACCAUAUUGCAGAUGGUUUUUCUUGGUCCCUUCUGAGAUGUAUUGAUGGUGAACAGAAAAUUCGUUUGGUACAAAGAUGCGCACUGAUGGCUGAGUGCAACUCAAAAUUAGCUGUUGCUUUCACAAUUAUGAAAGAAUGCUUUCUUUCAAUGGUGGAUCCUAGAACAGGCAUAGAUAUGAUACCUCAAGUAUUGUACAAUUGGGGGUCAAAUUUUGCACGUUUGAAUUAUGAAGGCUUCUACACUGUGGUGUUGGAGAAGGGCGAUGAGCUUAUAGCUGUAGCGUCCAUCAGGGUGCAUGGAGUGGAAGUGGCAGAAAUGCCUCUCAUUGCCACUUGCAGUGCAUACCGUCGGCAAGGAAUGUGUAGGCGCCUUUUAAAUGCUAUUGAAGAGAUGUUGAAGUCUUUCAAGGUUGAAAGACUGGUAUUAGCUGCAAUUCCAACUUUAGUUGAUACAUGGACUUCAGGGUUUGGCUUUAAACCCUUGGAAGAUAAAGAUCGGGAACAACUAAACAGUAUCAACUUGAUGGUGUUUCCUGGUACAACAUUGCUUAAAAAGAAUUUGUAUGAGAAAAAAGCUACAGAUGUCAAACUCUCAGGACUUGCUCAUGCAUCAUCACCCUUGAGAACGGAAGGAUCGAUAGAAACAGGUGUUGAGUCUGCCCAUCCAUCUGACAAAAGUUGUUGCAUAACAAAAGUUGGCUCAGAAGUGGCAACAAUUCCCAUCCACCAUCAGAAUCUGCAGCCAGAUGAAGAGCAAGGAAACAGUCCACAGAAAUAUCAUUCAAGGCAAUCUUCUGGAAAAACUAUCUCUAAUGUUGAAUGCUGCAGGGUGAAAGAAGACACUUUGGGUUUGUAUGAUGGGAAUCUGCCUCUUUCCAUAGAACAGAGGUAGAAAAGGAAAACAUGCGCAUUGCACGGGGAGUAGUAAAAGUAUAUGUUAGAUAAAUCUCGUGCAAUGCUUGGUAGCCAAAAAGAAUGGCAGCACAUUGCAGCCUGAUAGUUAGGGAAGAGGAAACCAAAAACUAAAAGGAAAAAUAAAGGAAGGCAACAUUGAAAAGCUUAGAAAGGAGAAAUAAAGGGAACAGUAAACAUAGGAAAAA